UUCCCAUAAUUCGAAGUGAUCAACGGAUCCUUUCACGCUUUUCUCAAUCUACAAAUCCUUCAUCGAAACGGAAUCGAGAGAAUUGAAUUUUGAGUCGUAUAUUCAUCAGAGCUUUUGAUCCAUCAUGUCCUUCUCAUUCUUCAAGCCGUCAAGGCCCAAAACCCCGACAGAGGUAACCAAGGCGAUCAAGGACAGUCUCAUGGCACUCGACAUCAAAACCAUUUCUGAAGUUAAAUCUCACGAAAAGGCUAUGGAAGAAGUGGAAAAGAAUUUCGUGACAAUGAGAUGCAUGCUUUCCGGAGAUGGGGAGGUUGAACCGGAUGUGGAUCAAGUCUUAGAGUUGGCACUUGAAAUUUCUAAAGAGGAUGUCCUUUCUCUUCUUGUUCACGAGUUACCCUCUCUAGGAUGGGAAGCAAGAAAAGAUUUAGUACACUGCUGGUCCAUAUUGUUGAAGCAACAAAUUGACUCCAGAUAUUGCUGUGUGGAGUACAUUGAGAACCAUAUGGAGUUACUCGACUUUCUUGUAGCUUGCUAUGAUAACAAGGAAAUUGCUUUACAUUGCGGAAAUAUGUUGAGGGAGUGCAUCAAAUUUCCAACACUUGCACAAUACAUGUUAAAUUCCGCUAGCUUUGUGUUGUUCUUCAAAUAUGUGGAGCUGCCCACCUUUGAUGUUGCUUCUGAUUCAUUUUCAACAUUUAAGGAUCUGCUUACAAAACAUGGAACAGUGGUAUCUGAAUAUUUGACUGCUCACUAUGAUGAGUUCUUCGAUAUGUAUGAAAAGCUUUUGACAUCUUCUAAUUAUGUGACAAGAAGGCAGUCUUUAAAGCUUCUAUCGGACUUUCUUUUGGAGCCAUCAAAUUCCAAUAUAAUGAAGCGCUAUGUUUUAGAAGUUCGAUAUUUGAAAGUCAUGAUGACAUUGCUGAAGGAUUCAAGCAAAAACAUUCAGAUUUCAGCUUUCCACAUUUUCAAGGUUUUUGUUGCUAAUCCGAACAAGCCAAAAGAGAUCAAGAUUAUUCUGGCAAAAAACCAUGAGAAGUUGGUAGAUCUUCUUCAAAAUCUCUCGGUAAAAGGUGGUGAAGAUGAGGAAUUCGAGGAGGAAAAGGAACUAAUUAUAAAGGAAAUCGAACAAGUAUCACGGUUGCAUAACCUUAAACGCUAAGUUUCUUCUCCUUGUUUGCUCUACUUCUAUUGAAUGCUAGUUCCAAGCAUUGAUCAUCCGUGGCGUGGAAACUGAUUUCCAAGGAAAGUAGAGUUUCGGGCAAGGAUUAUCUGACCUUUGAUAUAAGAGAGUAUAUAAAUAAAAUGGUAAGCCAGUCUAAUAUCUUGUUUAGGAAUGUCAAUGCAGUCUGGUAUUAUUUGAUUUUCAAAGUCGUCGAAGGCGAUUGUCCGAGUCAUCUAGCUACCAGUCUUCGUACUUUACUUACAUAUUUGUGUAUUGUGUCCGAAUCCGAUACCUGGAUCGGGGUGUGUCUCUGUGCUUUCAUAAUAAGUGUCGAUUGGUUGUAUUCGAUACUCGGAUCCAGGUAUGCAAAUAUAAUUGAAACAUUAUUUCCUUAACAAAGUACAGGUUUGGUUUGUAUGUC